AUGGCUGCCUUGCCAUCUGAGCGAUCUGAAAUUUCGCCUCCAUUUACUCAUACGGGACUAGAUUUUGCAGGUCCAUUUGAUAUCAAAUCUUAUUCUGGUAGAGGUUUUCGUAUGACUAAAGGCUAUGUAUGUGUGUUUGUAUGCUUUUCGACGAAGGCUAUUCACUUGGAAGCUACAACAGAUUUGUCCACAUCUGCAUUCCUUGCCGCUUUUCACAGGUUUAUUUCUCGUCGUGGUUGUCCACUCCAUCUACAUUCCGAUAAUGGAGCUACAUUCGUAGGAGCGUCAAAGAUUAUCCAAAGAGAAUUCAUGCUAUCGUCUCGCGAAUUGCUCACUUCUAGCUACGCUCACCAGAACCUGACCUGGCAUUUUAUUCCGCCGGGUGCUCCGCAUAUGGGUGGCCUUUGGGAGGCAGGAGUCAAGAGCUUCAAAUCACAUUUCCGUAAAACCGUAGGUUGUUUUAAAUACACGUUUGAAGAAUUUUCCACUCUUCUCGCUCGAAUUGAAGCCUGUCUCAACUCUCGGCCUAUUUCUCCACAAUCGCAAGAUCCAUCAGAUCUUUCCGCCUUAACUCCAGGUCAUUUCCUCAUAGGUUCUCCUAUCUUUUGUCCUAUUGAUCCUAAGAUUAACGAAAGUCCGAUAUCCAUUGUUAAUCGUUGGCAACGUCUGAAAUUAGUCCAUCAAAAUUUCUGCUUUCGUUGGAAAAACGAAUAUUUGAAGGAGAUGCAGAAACGAACUAAAUGGAAGACUUCCGAAGAUAAUGUCAAACCCGGGACAUUAGUUGUCAUAAAGGAUGAAAAUCUCCCUUCAAACUCUUGGCGGCUAGGUAGAAUUGAAAAAGUGCAUACCGGAUCCGAUAAGAAAGUUCGAGUUGCCGACAUAUAUACGCAACGUGGUCUAAUAACAAGGCCAAUCCAUAAAUUAGUUUGCUUAUUCGAAUCCUAG